GUUCUCUACCUGAAUCGCAGGUCUCAUGGAACAGCGUUGUUUAGACGAAAGAUUUCUUUCUGACGCUAAGAAAGUAGAAUUAUUUUUUUGACGUCGGACAUUAAUUCAUAACAAGUGUCUGGUGAUUUAAUUUCAUUGUUGAUUUGUCGAGCAAAAUGAAUGAAACUAAUGAAUUGCCACCAGGAACGGCAUCUCUGCUCGAAGAACUCGAAAAAAAGCUUAUGGUUUUGUUGAGGGAUGGCAGAACGUUAAUCGGAUAUCUUAAAAGUGUCGAUCAAUUUGCUAAUAUAGUACUUCAAAGUACCAUUGAAAGAAUUCAUGUCGGUCAAGAAUAUGGUGACAUUCCAAGAGGUAUUUUCAUAGUAAGAGGAGAGAAUGUUGUACUUUUAGGGGAAAUAGAUAUAGAAAAGGAAAAAGUCCUACCCUUAAAAAAAGUGACAGUAGAUGAAAUUUUGGAUGCUCAAAGGCGUGAACAAGAAUCAAAACAAGAACAGAAAAAACGAAUGAAUAAAGCUUUGAAAGAGCGAGGAUUUUCAUAUAUACCUGAUUUAAGUCACGAUGAUAUGUAUUGACAUACAAAAGUAUAGCUAUUUUUUUGUAUCAGCUGUAAUUAUUUUAUGUUAAUUAAAUGUAACUACUACAUGA